UAUCUCAGAAGCCAAAUCACAUGACUCCAUGUACUAGUCAGCUGACGUACACGAGCUUCCCUGUUGAUGUUCCGGAAAGGGCUGGAAUUAUUUAACAGGAAUUAUGAUUAAAUUACUUGAAAAACUGCCUGUAACGGAAUGUCCAAAAUUCCUCCACAGAGUGGUGGAUGGGGUAUGUGGGCGGGACCCUCCUCGGUUCGGGGAUUAUGGGAACGUCUGGAGCCUGACUGAGUGGAUGGAGAUUCUGGACGGCCUCUCCUCGUUCUUCCGCUUCGCGGUGGGGAAGAAGUGCUCUGAUGAAGAGGUGCAGGAGUCGCUGGCGGAUCUGGGCGGCGGGCAUCGCGAGGCUGUCCUGGCGUGUCUGAAGGGCAGGGGGGAGGAGCUUCGGCAGGCCCUGGUGGAGCGGACCAAUGCCGUGUCCUCUGCCCAGCUCCAGGACUUUGACUGGCAGAUCAAGUUGGCCCUGUCCAGCGACAAGAUCUCCUCCCUGCAGAUGGCGCUGCUGAGCCUGAGUCUGGAUGUGAAGCAGGGAGGCGUGCUGAAGCCUGUGGCCCUCGAGCUGAACCGUGAGGAGCUGCAGACCCUCAUCAACUCCUUAGAGGCAGCCAAUAAGGUUGUCCUCCAGCUCAAAUGAGGGUGAUGGAGCUGAUCA